CAUUGCUAUCACAAUAGAGCACAGCCGAAGUAUUGCUGUGAUCCUGGAUUUCCAAGUAUUCGGUAAGCAUCAGACCCUUUUACUGUAUAAUGUAUUUUCUGGCGUAUCCAGAUUAAAAUUUCAUAGAGUUGAAGUUUGAGGCAAUCUCGCACACCUUAUUUAACCUUACUCUCGACCAGGAAGCUGGGGAUCGACAUACUUGCUAAGUUUGAAUUGGUCAAGACUUUCAUCAUGGCCACUUGCAUCGAACUCGAAGGAAGGACCCUGAUGGAGGAUGUGCAAAAAUGUUUUGCCUCGCUGACAUUCCAAACUACGUGAAUCUUAUUGUAGCCUCGUAUUUCAGGCACUUCUAACAUCAUCAAGGUCAAGGUAGGCAAGAAUAGGGUCGUAAAUGGAUCGUGAAUGGAAACUGUCGGUUUGCGACGACAGGGUGGCCACAACUUUUCCUUAUUUUUUUUCAUCACUGACAAGAAUGGCACACGAUUUGGGAUGCAAGAUCAUGGACUGUACGCCUCCUACUAUCGAUAAGAUUAAUGCUGCCAAGGCAGAAAUUCCUCAGGACAAACUGCGAGAGCUCUAGUCAAGAACAUCACCUUUGGGAUAUGAGCAACUUGGUUGGGGUCACAGCUGUGAAAAACUUUUCCAUGAUGGUCUUGAUGUAACUUCGAUCUAUUAAAACAUUUCCGCCGCUGACCUAAUAGUUAUGGAGUGACAGCUAUAUCGACGACCUACUACAAGGAGCAUAUAACUCGAAAAUUAACGUAUCGAAAGUUGUCAUUUGGAUGCAGAACCCUACUCAACUAAUCAGAUACAAAGCGGGAAAGGAGCUUGUAUUCAUAUAUAGACCGCUUGAAGAAGCGCUUGGUCUACAUAAUGGCUUCUUCAAACUGGUAGAAGGAUCACACCGUAUGAGGCCAGAAGAGUUCCUUAAGGCAGAAGCAAUAGAAAUUCAUCUCAAGCCUGGUCAAGUGUUGGUUCUGGAUGGAGAAACAGUUAUAGAGUACCCUAUGGCAGGAGGAGGUGGAAUUGGAUUGAUGAAAUGUCUUUCCAAGUCUAAACAUUGAAACAAGCGCCACCUUUCCGUGGUAACACCAGCGCAGCUGGAAUGGACUGCCCUCAUAGCUUUCCAACGCAUGUCUGGUAAAUAUUGAUUAAUAUCGGUGAAUAUGAUUUGUAAAUUUCUGAAGUGGAUGCCGAAUACAGAAGGAGGAUACCCAUCAACAACGAGAACAAUGUCAAAUC